UUAAAGCUUAUUGGUAUUUAACUGGCAGAUCCAUCCCAUCCUGCCUGACAGAGCAGCAGUGAAACACUGAGGAGACAUCUUGCAUCCUAAGGUGGCGUUUCUGGAAACAACAUAACAAAACUUUGCUGUGGGUUGGUGUUUACAUGGUUUCUUGUUUUUUGGAUAAAUCCCAUAAUAUGUGGAUGUAAAUGAUGAGCGGUGACAGCAAGAGUAGAAGUUUUUCAGAAAGCCUGGUCCUAGAUGACACUGAGAAAGGAGUCAUCAUUACAGGAAUCACAGAUGACACAAUUGCUGCAGAGACUGGCCUGCAAGCAGGGGAUGAGAUUGUUGCAGCCACUAUACACCUAGACCAUCUCAAUAAACAUGAAGUGAUGAACAUCCUGAAGGUCUUGGAGCCAUAUGAUAACAACAUGAAGGUUCUGACAAAGAAGGAGCUGACCAGUGCUGACCUUGGCUCCUUGGGAUUUGGUCUCAAAGACCCUGUAGAGAUUCUCAACCUAAAGAAAGAUCUGUCACUGGACGCAUCAACUGAAGCACCAGUUGUCUCUCUUGACCAGAGUAGAGAACUCAAUACAGUGCAGGGAUUGGGGGGUGAAAUAAGUGGUCCUACCCUCAAUGGAGACCUUCCCAGUCUUAGUCUGAAUAUGCCCCCAGGACUGACUGGACCAAAUAUUAAAGGAGAUCUAGGUGGCAACGUCAAAGCACCUGAAGUCAGUGUUGCAACUCCACAGGUCAUCACUCCCAGUUCUUCACUUGAUAUCAAGAAACCUGAAAUGAAAACAGGCGGCUUGAAAUACAAGCCCCCAGUGUUUCAAAUGCCAAAUUUCAAUCAGUCAGCACCAGAUCUUAAACCUCCAGAUUUCGAUCUGAAUGAUCCUGAUGUAAAUUUGAAAGCCAUGAACGCUGAUAUCAGGGCACCUUCAGGCAAAAUCCAGUGGCCCCAUCUAAAAUGGAAAGGUCCCAAAGUUAAAAGACCAGAUGCUGACUUACCUGCACUUGAGACCAGCCUGUCCUCACCAAGGAUUAGUGGGGAUUUCAGUACACUGGAUGUUGACUGUAAUGUUCCCAAAACUGACAUCAACGGCCCUGAUCUACAUAUUCAAACCCCAAAUCUUAACAGUGAGACCCCUAGUAAAAUAAACUGGCCUCAUUUCAAAUGGAAGAAACCCAAACCUACUGGCCCAAAGGCUGAUCUGGACUUGGAUUCAAACCUGAACAAACCAGAUGUUGAUCUCACUGUUCCAAAAGUGGAGGGUGGAAUAAAUGCCCCUGAUGCGGAGAUACAUUUGCCAAAUCCUGACAUUAAAGGCCCCAAUCUAGACAUGAUAAAAACAGAUACCGAAGUGGUGGCUCCAUCUGGUAAUAUCCAGUGGCCUCACCUGAAAUGGAAGAAGCCCAAAGGUCCAAAGUCAGACUUAAAUCUCCCAAAUCAGGAGAUUGAUGGUGACAUUAAAGUACAUGAUACAGAGUUAAGUCUUCCAAAGGCUGACCUCAAUUGCCCUGACGUAGAUGUUCAGGCCCCGGACUGUGACAUUGACGCUUCAUCAGAUAAACACUGGCCUCAUCUGAAGUGGAAGAAAAACAAAAUCCAUGGCCCCAAAACUGAUGCAAAACUAAAUGCAGAUUUGAGCACACCAGAUGUUGACGUUUCUGUUCCGAAAAUUGAUGGUGAGAUUAGCACAGAUGCUGACAUCGAGGCCCCUUCUGGUAAAUUCAGGAUGCCAACAUUCAAAAAGCCCAAAUUCCAGCUUACUGGAGCGAAGGUGAAAUCACCAGAAGUUGAUCUUGAUGCUGAAACAAAACUUCCUGACCUCAGUCUCUCUCCUGAAGCUUCACUUGAUGGCCCAGAUGUUGACCUGAAUUUAACCAAACCUGAGGUUAGAUUAACAAAUGUAGACAGUGGGCCUCCAUCUGAGAAGUUCAAAUGGCCCACCCUUAAAAAGCCAAAGUGGUCAGCAUCAGGUCCCAAGGCUGAAAGUCCAGGUGUUGAUCUCGAUACUGAUGUUUCAGCACUUGACUUGAGCCCCUCUGCUCCAAAAACUGACAUUGAGAUAAGUGCAAAGGAUGCAAAUCUUAAUUUACCGAAUGGCCCUUUAAUAGAGACCAAUAGUACAGAUGUCCCUGGAAAAUUCAAAUGGUUCAACUUUAAGAUACCCAAACAUGGCACACUGAGGGGUCAAAAGGAUGAAAUUGAUGCUAAUGUUAAGGUACCAGAUGUAGACCUCAAGGGACCUGAUGUGAAUUUGAGUGCACCAGAUGUUAAUCUUUCAGGGGGUGUGAUUGAGGCUCCAGACUCACAGGGGCUCAGUGUCAGCAUACCUAAUGCUGAUGUAGAUCAUAGUGGUCCAGAUCUGGACCUUGGCUCAUUUGAUGGCAAGCUUAAUUUACCUCAAAUUAAACAACCAAAAUUGAACAUUGAUGUCAAUCCCAAUGUAGACCUAAAAGCAACAGAUCUCUCCUUGCCUGCACCCCAGAUAGAAAGUUGGGAUGCACCAGCUCCUGACAUUAAUUUACCAAGCAUAGAUCUCAAAAACACUGAUGUAGAUCUUCAAGCUCCAGAGGCAGAUAUCCGAGCUGGCCUUGGAGAAAGUCCCAGUGGUCAUCUUUCAGUUGAGUCUGGAAUAGAGGUACCAAAGGUCAACAUAAGCACCCCUGUAGAAGAUGGCAAUAUCUCUGUUCCUGCAGCAGACUUGGGUGUACCAAAGGCACAGGGAGAUGUCAAAGGCCCUGACAUAGAUGUAAAAGCUCCAAAUGUAGAUGUUGAUCUUGAGAAGUCCAAAAUGCCACAUUUCAAGCUUCCAAAGUUUGACUUUUUGGGGUCUAAUACAAAAGCCCCCAAGGUUGACAUCAGUAAAAAUCUUGAGGUCUCACCUGAUUUGAUUAAAGCUUCCACUGAUGGAGAAUUCAGUUCACCUCAUGUAAGUGCCUCUGCCCCUGAAGUAAAGACGAGCCUCAGCACACCUGAACUGGAUAUCACAGCUGACGCUGAUGCUGAAGUUAAAGGUUCUCAGAAAAGUAAGCUGAGAUGGCCGUUCAAAUUGGGAUUAAAGUCUGGUUCAGGUACUGAUGAAGAGGGAAGUGGUGUUGACUCUGAAACAGAUGUGUCCAACACAGAGGUAGAGGUUCCUGUAUUCAAAUUCCACAGACUGCCCCGCAACAGUUUUGAUGGCAUUGGGGGAAUUUCUGAUACUUUGGGCUUAUCAAAACUUGAUACAGAAGAAAAGGAUUAUAUUGUCAGCAAAGGGAUCCGCCUACCAAUAGUGAAUGCAACAUCAAAAAUGGGAGAAAAUAUUAACAUAAUGGAGAGAUUAAAAAUGGCUAAAGAUAAAGCAACAUCAGCUAACGUCUCACCAACUGAAGCGAAGACUGAUAUUGAUUUGAAGCUUGAUGCCCCAGAAAAGCCAGAGUCUGGACUGGGUCUGGUAGCCCAUGGAAUUUCAUCAUCAGAUGAAAAUGACAAAUUGUCACUGGGCCUGUCCAAUAUGCUAGGCCUCAGUAUCAAGGAUUCAGAUACUGACUGAUACCUGCUAGGCCAACCUGAAAAGCUCAGUCCAGAAACAUUGUAAUUACAUGUAACUAAACAAAUUCAAUGCCUUGGGAGAAGUUAACUGUUUAAUUAACACUUGCCAGUUUUCGGCAGAAAAUGCCAGCUACGAUACCCUUCUUUUGUAAUAAUUUGCUGUAGUCUAAUGAAGAGAUUGUUUUUAUAAUUUGUAUAUCCCUGUUAUUUAUAUAAGCUUUUUUAUCUAAACAUUGUUGAUUUGAAUUUAUGCUACUUACCAAAUAACUGUCUCAGUACAGCACAUGGGCACAUUGAACUGUUUAGGUUGUUGAGAAGAGCAUUACUUUACCAUGAACAUCAUUAAAUAUGAGAAUGUAUUUGUUAUUUUUUGUUCAAUAAAUAACUCAA